UUUUCAAUAUGCUAGGUGCGCUACACUGGAGCAAUAUCUUGUGUGUACGUACAGUUUGCAAGUUCAUUCAGUAGAGUAGAUGCCAUUGCACCAUGCUAAUAAACCAACAUUCGCAUUUAGCGCCAACCUACUGUGGUAUCUCAAUUCAGUGUCGGUGACGAAUACAGUGGGUGUUAUCCUUUGGUUUAUACUGGUAUGGACGACUGUCAUCGUCAAUACGAUGCUGGACGUCAUCAUGAUGGCUCGGAUACAUGCUAUGUAUGGGCGGUCCAAAAAGAUGUUCAUCUUUCUCACCGUAGUCUUGAUGACUUCAACUAUCACGACCACAGUGAUGGUGAUAAUCUUAAACAUCGGGGUUUCAGGUGAACGCCACUUUUCCGGCACCAGUCAAUGUGCCGUUGUCUUCGCCAACAUGGAUGCGGUACAUCUUCAUGACGCGGCGUGGAUUCCUUCCGUUCUGUGGGAGGUCCUUGCCUUCUGUCUUGUAGUCUGGAUUAUCGUGGUCCACUUCUGUGAAUUACGAAAACAUGGACCGACGGGAUUGACCGUCAUAGACUAUUUCACGGUUUUAAUCAAAACCCAUAUGCUAUACUUUGUUUUCUUUGCUGCUGUAUCUUGCCUCUACAUCGGCCCACUAUCUCCAAAGCUGUCCUCAAGUUCCUUGGGAGGUGGUAUUUAUUUCGGCAUUCUCAAUUUCGCCCAGCCUGUACAAAUGUUUGUGCUGGGACCACGUCUGGUCCUUAGUGUUCGACAAUAUCACGCUAAACUCGCGGCCGGGUUUGAUGAAGAAACUAGCAUAACUGCGAGUGCCUUCCGGGAUGGCAGACAUCUGUCAAUCAGCAUUGGGACUUGAAGUAUCGUUGUAGUAUUUACUUGUAAAACAUCAUGCACCAUGUUCGAAAGUGAGCCAGUGCAUAUAAUAUCGUCUGGGGAAACCAAUCUGUG